GACCGGAAACGUCAUAUGUUCCAACAUGGAGCAUAAGACGAAGAUAUUCAGACUCGAAAUGAAAAAGCUGCUAGUUUUCGUCAUCUCAUUGAGUUUGUGUUACGGGAAAAUACUGAAAUACGAUCUUGUGAAUGAUGACCGAAAACAGUUCACGCUCAGCACAUUUGGUUUUCUGCAAAAGGGAACACUGGAUGUGAAGAUCACAGGGUUCUCCUACAAGUUCCCAUCUGGAAUUUCACCCAAGACUCCUGUAUUUGGUUUUACUCUGGACAAGAGCAAAACAAAGGAGGUCUCGUCCUACAUUGAGAACAUGGAAGACAGUUGUAUACUAAACAAAUCUCAGGCUCCAGCAGACAAGUCAGUGUCCAUGGUCUUCUUCAUUAUAGAUCAAGUGCACAAAGAGCUGAUCGUGAAGCACAGGCAGGGGGACAAGGUCUCCAGCCUCCUCCUCAUCACAGAGACUGACCGAGACACCUACCUUGACAACAACAACCUCCACCGCAGAGACACAUCAGCCGUCAAGAAUUCCCAAAUCGUCAAUUCCCUCUCCGACAAGUCUCUUCUCCACAGGCAGAAGCGCCGGGCUGCCGGGGAUGCACCAACUACAGCAUCAGCAACAACAUCAGCACCAUCAGCAGCUACAUCAGCACCAUCAAAUUCCAAUCACACUGCAGGAAAAAGUACUUUGAAACUGGCCCCCAAUGACACUCUGGUUUUCAAAAUGAACGAAACUGACGGAGUGUUGACUGGACAUUUUCUUGUAGCUAUCAAGACCAAGCAGGAGGAGGGGCUAUAUAACCUGUUCUUCCAUAAUUGCUACAACUAUGACCAUAAGGCCAAGUCCAUGGUCAACCUCUCUCUGGAGAUUACAGAGGACAACAACGGCAACUUCCUGUCUGCAGGACAGAUGCCCGAGCCAGCUCUCUACUUCACCUUCAGCCUCAUCUUCUUCAUCGCUGCAUGUUUGUGGCUCGGCGUGAUAAAAAAGAGCGAGGUGUACAAGAUCCACUUCCUCAUGCUGGCUGUCGUCUUUGUGAAAAGUCUCUCCAGCGCCUUCCAUGGGGUGAACAGCUAUUUCAUUGAGGUGACGGGAAUCCACGAAGAAACCUGGGCCAUCCUAUACUAUAUUGUGUACUUAUUCCGGGGAGCGUUGAUGUUUGUAACCAUCCUCCUGAUUGGUGCAGGCUGGGCUUUCAUCAAGCACAUGCUGAGUCAUAAGGAGAAGAAACUCUUCCUUAUUGUCCUACCACUGCAGGUGCUGGACCAGGUUGCGUGGGUGAUCGUCGAGGAGAGUGAAGAAGGACAGGUGUUGUACACCACGUGGAAGGAAAUCUUCAUCCUCUUUGACCUUCUGUGUUGUGGAGCAAUCCUCUUCCCAGUUGUCUGGUCUAUCCGGCAUCUCCAGGAAGCUUCACGCACAGAUGGCAAGGCAGCUAUGAAUCUCAACAAACUUAAACUAUUUAGACAGUUUUAUAUACUGAUUGUGUGUUUCAUCUAUUUUACGAGAAUAAUAGUUUAUUUGCUGAAGAUCACUCUGCCCUUCAAGCUGGAAUGGUUGACCGAACUGUUCAAGGAACUGGCCACGUUGAUCUUCUUCGUGGUGACUGGGUACAAGUUCCGCCCCGCCUCUGACAACCCCUACCUCCAGGUCCCUCAAGAAAGUGAUGACGAGAUCGAGAUGGAGGAGGUGCUGACUCAGACAGGACUGAUGGACAGUGUGGUGAAGGUGAACCAGAGAUAUGAGGAGAAGACGGAGAGUACAGAGCCGCUCAUUAAACAGAGGGAAAGUAGCCACGAGUACGACUGAAGAUAGAACAAGCCUGAUGAACACAACAGAGACAUGGGAACACACGGAACCAGGGAACACAAGGAAGCAGGGUUCUAAGAUGAUUAUUGAUGUCAUAUUUGAAAAGUCUGUCAGCCAGGUCGUUAACCUGGGGCUCAGUCAGACUGUAUGGUGGAAAAUAUUUUCUUGAUGCACAGGUUCUGACAUCAGUAUAAACUCAUUCCAUGAAAGUAAAUUUGUUCCAUUCAGACAAAACUCUGAGUUUUUACAUCAUACAAGAAAAAACUGUCUUAUUAAAUCAGUUGUCAUUAUUUUGUAAACCUGGAAAGCACCUUGACUGAGCGUGGUAGAAGGCCAUGAAAUCCCACUCCACUGGGUACAGUGGGUACAGCCUCAUUGUCCAGUGUAUUAAGUCUCCAUUCUCUUAUCAUAACAUAAGUACCCUGGAUGAAUUCGCUAUCAUACGUUUGUUUUGAAACUAUUCGAUUGACACAACAACAAAAAUAGACAUCCAAUCAAAUUAUUCUGAAAUUUUUACGAUUGAAACAAGCGACAAAAUCACACAGGUUUCAAUGUCGCCUCAAAUACAACCGAAACAUCUUGGAUACGGAACCCUAUUACUUAGGAAAUCGUCUUUCCAGCUUCAACUUUGUGACGUGUUCUAAUUUGCAAGGUCGUGAUAUUGUAAAUGUAGAUCUAACCAAACUGGCAAAUGAAGAAGCAUGUUAAUUGGUUGUUGAAUUUCAUUUCAUGAGCAAGAGAAAUACUGUGCUGAGUUUGUGAUAAGAGAGAUGUCACUUCCAAAACAAAGCGAUGGUGGUGAAUGGGUCCAGGGUAGUUAUCAUAAUAGAAUGGAGAUAACAUACCCUGUAUUAUAGAGGAUGGACAUGGUAGAAAUCUUUAUACCUUUUAGGGAGAAGAAUAUUUACCUAUAACUAUAGGAGUCAGUGAAUGAAGUGUAGAUAUCCUAUUUGUUGCUGCCUUUUUCAAAACACAGACUCAGGUCAAAGAAGGAGAAAUUGCCCAAAAAAAUGUUGUUGUUUUUAAAAACUCUUGGAGUAUGAUUCGCAGGGGAAAUGAAAAAAGGAUUAAUUUUUUUUAAUUUUUUUUUAAAAAUAAUUUUCUUUGCUGACAGAUUUUAUAAAUUCUAAAUAUAUAUAUUAUUAUUGUAUCAUCGCUAUAUGGCUGCAAUAUUGCUGAUGUGAUGUCAAAUUUUAACUAUUCAAAUAACAAUAUACAUAUUUAGUGUUGAUGUAGAUAUUUUUUGCAAAUGUGCUAAAUGAAUAAAAACCUUGUUAAAGUCAUUUAUUUCACAUUUGUAAAGUGGCAUUCUGAGGCUACAGCAAUCAGGACCGUAUGCUGUUAUGUUGGAUGUUGCAUGUUGUUAGAAAGUCAGUACCAGUGUGCUCAAUGGCUGUGUGUUGAUGUAUUAUUGAGUAAACUUGAAACUGACAACUGGUUGUGCCUGAUCAGACUGACAGCUUGGCUGCUGUGAUGGUGGGUAGACUGUUUUUCUGCUUUGUGCAUUUUGAUGUAGGUUCCUGCCACACUUCAAAGAACAAAUAUCUUUCAGAAUAGAUUUAAGUGUUAUAUAUACUGAACAAAAAGGUAAGGGAUUGUGAAAAUUUUGGGGGAUAUUUUUAUGAAUGUGUGUGCUGUGUCUUCAUUUCAAAAUAAUAUCCCUAAAAAUAUCCAUGAUCCCUAACUUUUCUUGUUCAGUAUAUUUCAGGGAGGGGUCAUGAAAGAUGAGACACUUUCAGUUGGAAUUUUUUUUUAAAACUUUUGACUUUUUAGACUAUUGCAAUAAUAACUAUUUUAGGCAAAAGAUUUAGUAAAAAGAAAUUUGCUUGAUUGAUACUAACAAAUUAUGUCAUAUUUCGCUGUUAUAUGUGUAAUGAUGAAAUUUCUAGUUAGGGUGUCAUGCUGUAGUCCAUCAGAUCAAUCUUGCCACUGAAACUCCCAUGCUCACUCACUCACUCAUCCCUACCCUUUGUCCCACACUAAGUAAUACUAAGAUCAAAAUGCUGACACAGCUAUAUAUUUUGUCAAGGAGAAGGUUGUGGUGCAGGGAUUUGUAUGCAAUAAGUGCAGACUAUGUAGCUUUCACUGACAAUCGUGUAUUUGUGCACAUAUUUAUGGUAGUAAUUCAUGUCAUGUAUUACAUUAAAUGUAAAGAUUAAGUAUCCUAAUAUUUAUUGUUCGUUGAUUAUCUCAUUGAUAUCAGUAUUAAACUCUGUUGUACACUCUCAUCAUGUGUGUGUUAAAUUCUUAUGCGAGUGUUUGCAUAUGUUUGACUAGUAUCUAUGGCAAGUCAGUGGCUGAUUGUCAGAUGUUAUAUUGCCACAUGGUUUCACCCUAUCUUAUUGUGGGUACCUGUCAAUCUUUACGGUGGCCGAGCCAUCAAAGGCAACGCAGUUUGCAGUGCAAAGUUGCUUCCUUUGGGCAUAAAAGAAACCUAUGUUCGUGGGUUCACAUACCAUUUCGCCAAGAUUGUUUCUUGGUUUGUCAGCACCAUACCCGUGCUCGUGGGUUUCACCAAAGUGGUAAACGUCUGAGACCUGCAUCACUUCUGGCUUUCCUCUCACAUCAGCUGACACGCUGUGAUAUAACUGGAAUACUGUUCUAAUCAGCGUUAAACCCAACUCACUCACUCACCCUUAAAGUCAACUUUAUAUGAUGGGUGUUGAUAUCUUAACAAACUGUGACUUAUUUGAUACUUAUGUUUGUGGAAUGCUAUACCAUGCAAUGCCUCCUCAUUCUGAGAUUCAGCCAUAGCUCCUAGUCUUACAUAUCACAGUACACAUGUAAUUGAUACUUUCUGCUCUGUACAGUCAAAGUCAACUGUAUAUCACUGUAUAUGAUAUUUUAGUCUUUGUAAAUAGGAAAUUAUAUUUCAUGGGUAAAAGUUAUUAUUUUGUAUAAAUCUAUAUUGUAUCAUGCUUGUGUAUGUAGGUACCAUUCCAGUGUCCAACACUAAGUCCAUGUGAUUUACCUGUUUUACCUGUGUUUUACCUGUAUAGCAAACCCAUCAGUUACCUGUUCUGCCUCCCACCAUGUUGCUGCAGACUUGAUGACAAUACUCACUCACUCAUUCUUUUGAGGACUCGGUGUCCCAGUCGUGGCAUCGGAUUUCACUGUGCAGAGUUGCGUCCCUUAGGCGUGCCAGACCUUAGAAUCCUGGCUUUGUCCUGAUUGCUUCUAGGUUUAUCUGCUACCAAAUCUGUGUUCGUGGGUUCCCCAGAAUGUAUAAGACCUGCAUUGCUAUGGGCUUUCCUCCCACAUCAUGCUGACAUGCCACAAUAUAACUGAAAUACUGUUCAAAGCAGUGCUAAACCAAACUCACUGUUUUGUGGUUGCUGAGGCCCUAAUACUCUAAGGAACAAGACCCUUAAACUGGGGUGUGUGGUCGCCCUGUGGAGAUAGGUCAUGCUUGUGUCAUCCAACUCUAAGCUUGGUGGGCGGUGGGGUAGUCUAGUGGUUAAAGUGUUCACUCAUCACAACGAAUAGGUACAAUGUGUGAAGCCCAUUUCUGGUAUCCCUUGUAGUCAAAUGGUUGGAUGUUAGUGAAGUCCUAUACAUGUAAUUGGCUUCCAAGCAGCAUUUCCAGGAAGGGCAUUCACCAAUGUGGUAAAUGCCUUUGACACGUACCAUGUUGUAACUUACAUAUCGUUCAUAUCAGCAUUGAACCCAAUUUACUGCUGUUUCAACCGUUUCUUGGUUUUCAAAGUGUCUCAUCUUCCCUGGUGUAGGUUGCAAGAGUAAUGUGAUAUACUUCUCCAUUUUUGAUAGGGAUAAUCGAAUGUGUCAUUCUAUCUAAAUACACAUUUGGCCUAUUAUGAGAGUCAGUUUUGUGAAUCAUGGAGAGAUCAAAACAUCCCCAUCAAAAGUGAAGUGGUAUAUAAUAUAACAUGAAAUGAUACGACACAGUGAAUCACUAGGAUCAUGUAAUGUUAUACGUUUUACCUUACCUGACAACACACAGUGCUAUUGCAUUUAUCCUGAAAUGUUCAUAUCAUUGAAAUGAAACGGAGUCAAUCACAAGGGUCAUGUAAUAUUAUGUAACAUUGUUAUUAAAUUAAACAGCAGUCAAUCACAAGGGUCAUGUAAUAUUAUGUAACAUUGUUAUUAAAUGAAACAGUCAAUCACAAGGGUUAUGUCAUAUUAUGUAACAUUGUUAUUAAAUGAAACAGCAGUCAAUCACCUGUGUCAUGAUAUAUUAAGUAACAUUGUUAUUAAAUGUAACCACAGUCACUCACAAGGCCAAUGUAAGCAAAUGUAAUUUCUCUUUCAAUGCUUUAUGUGGCUAGUUUGUUUUUUCUUUCUGGAGUUCAGUAGUUGGUUUUUGGUUUUUGAUUGGGAUAUUUUUGGAAUUCAUAAUGUUGAUGUAUUUGAUGUUUGUAUGGGGUCAUCUGUCUUUAAAACCUUCUUCAGCAUGCAUUGUAUGAUUGUGGAGUGUUUAAAAAAUGCAUCUGUUUUGUACAGAAAGACUGUUCUCGGUGUCGUCUUUAAUUUGCAUGUAUGUAAAUAAGUCUUCAUUCAAUUAAUAAAUAUAUAUAUUGUAAAUGUCA